AUGUCCCUUAACAGAGGUGACAUUAAAGACCUACUUACAGUCACCCUAGAGAAUAUGUACUUUGAGUUCAAAGGCGAAAUCUACCGCCAGACCGACGGCCUACCCAUGGGAACCAGCACCUCAGCAAUCUUAGCCAUCCUCUUCAUGGAUAAGUUAGAAACCAUAGCAUUGGGAUCCGCAAGACUGAUCUCCAACUACCGUAGAUACGUCGAUGAUAUAUACUUCCAAACAACGAACGAGGAGCAAGCGGUAAAGUUCCAACAACUUAUGAACGCCCAACACAACAACAUCGAAUUUGAAAUCGAGAAGCCUACGGCCACACCCAAGGGACGGACCCUCUCGCUAUUAGACUUCUCAGUCACCAUCACGGAGCAGGGCACACCAUCCUUUGAAUUCUACAAGAAGAGUGCCAAAAAACCCAUGUUCGUACACCAGCAAUCCGCUCUCYCAAGCAARUGCAAACGUCACUUCAUUUUGAAUGAAAGAAAACGUAUAAACCAACGAUGCACCGAACUCGAAGCACAAAUCGAACAUAACAGGGAAUUCGAUGACGUCCUUCACCUCAAUGGAUACUCGCACGAGACKAUAGAGAAAACAUACAUCCAGCCUCGAAACGCGCCUCAACGUCAAACCAACACCAGUAGUGACGACUUCUUGUAUUUUCGUAUACCUUUCAUCAGUGAUCAAUUCAACCGCGAGAUACGAAAAUUAUUCAGGAAAGAAAACCUCCCGAUACGUUUGUCACAUAAGUCAACCACACUUAAACAGGCACUGAAAACAAAUCCCACAACACGAAGGUGCAACAAAAGCGAAUGUCCCAUCCACGAAGAGAACAACCUAUGUUUUGUAAAGAAUACAGUAUACGAACUCGAAUGUCAAAGUUGCGAGGAGACCUACAUCGGCAGCACCAUACGGCCUCUACACGAUAGCGAAGGAUUUCCAGUAUCCUGUUUGAUAGGAAGUAGCUGA